AUGGCACCCAAGCCUGAAUCACUCCCUCAACUCUUCGAUGCCGUUAAGGCCAAGUUCCCCGAAUCCCUUGGACCUGACAGAUGGUACCUUGUUGCUGCAUCCUCCCUCAUCACGAAUUCUAACCCCACAAACUUCGCCCAGCUCUGGACCUAUUUGACAGCGCAAGGGGAAUAUCAAGCCCUUGAAAAGCGGCAAGCUCUUAAUAGACGACUGCGAGAGUUUCUGAUGAAACAAUGGGUCACCAUAGGCGUACCUAAGAGUGCUGUUGCUCUAUUCUCUUUGAUCAAAGAGGAGAAGCCUGGGGAUGCUGAUUUGAGCUUUACCAAGUAUGUUGCGCUUUUUCUCUCUGCACCUCUACGGCCUCUACGACUAAAAGUCAAUUAUCGACCAUCUCACGCUGCCCUUACCCCAGCUAACCGCGAGCGUGGCACUCAAUUCCUUCGCUAUCUCUACACCGAAGAGCAGAUGGAAGCUAUGUGGAAAAGCUGGGGUAAGGACUCGGAAUGGCUGACCAAGGAAAUUGUAUACGGCAUGUUUUAUGGUGAUGACACGGUUCUGGGGUUUGUGGAUACGGAGUUGAUUACGUAUACGGCUAUCAUGUGUCAAGGAUUACAGGUCACGAUCCACAAUCACCUCGGCGGACUGUUGGGCAUGGGCUUGAGCGUGGAAGAGAUCGAGGGAGUCACGGAAUGCGGAGAGCUUGUUGCGAAAUGGUCAGGAGUGGAUACAAGUGGUUGGCCAGAUGUGAGGGAGAUUGCAGCCGGGCUGAAGAAGUAA